CUCCGCAGUCAUGAGCUGCAAUACGCUGCAUUCUUGAAAGUGAUUGUUGCUGAAUUUCGUGGAUUACCAUUCUCGUCAUAUUGUAAUGUGGGGUCGCGCUUUCGCUGGAUCAACCGUCACGAAACAUGUUUCAACUUCAUCAAAGUGCAUGAAAUCCACACUCAACAACGCGUCGCAAAUAGAGCACUUCAGAAAUUCCUCUCGCAGUCAUCUUUUCUCCAAUACUCAACACACGAAUUAAUUCACAGCUCUAGCUACACUUGAACUACAUCUCCGCCCAUCGGCGGCUUCCCCUCAUCAUGGCAUCAUACUUCUCGAAUCUCCUCACAACCACCACCUCCCGCGUAGCUUCGAUAAGACAGAAUCUCCUUCCCUCCGAGAACGACGGCGACACUGAAGACGAUACCCACCUCUGCCGAGUCCUGCGAGCCUACUACACGGAGAAGGGGCGCUCAUUCCCUGGCUGGCUGCCACCGGAUCCAAAAGCACCUCCGCCCGUCGUCGUCCAACCAGUGUACACAACCAACGUCGGCGCUCGCUAUGGCGGACUACAAAACCAGGGCCCAGGAGGAGGAAGCGCGUUGAGCAGUCUCUGGGACUCGCAACCACAGCAGCAACAAGAGCAACCCAUGGGUCUCAGACAAGGACGCGGAGGAAGACUCGCAGCGGGUGGCGGGGCAGCUCGACAGAAUCCCUUCGCGCGACAGGCCAAUACACCAGAACCUCAAAUACAAGCACGACCUCUACCUAGCCAGAGAGCAGGGAGUUAUCAGACUGCUGGCGCGUUCGGCGCGGGACCAACUCCUCCGGGAAGCUCUUCGGGCUUGAGUGCUAAGGACCGACUUAAGAAGAACUUUAGAGGAGAGAGGGCGGCGAGUCCGGCGAUGGGGAGUGCGAGUAUGGCGGAUCCGCAGGUGCAGAGGAGUAAUAGCUAUGGUAGUUCUGGCGGAGGAGGGAACUACGAGGAUAGGUUUAUGCCGCAGGGUGCUGUGGGUGCGCCUUCUGGUGGUGGGGAUAAGCCGUUUAUGGCUGCUACGAGUCCGUGGGCGAGCAGUGAGUCGGAAUUUGGAGGUGGUGGUUAUGGAUAUAGUGGUGGCGGAGGAGGGGGAGGUGCAAGACAAGGACUUCCAUCUGGGCCGGCUGCUGGGAGAAGGGGACCUGGACUCCCAAGUGGUCCUAGAGGGAUGAGAUAGGGUUGAGGGAGAGAAUUGAAGCAGAGGAAUUGGACGGCAUUCUUGUGGAUAUGGAAGCAUCACUUGGAGUUGUAGGGAAGCAAAGCAUGCAUCAUUUGGUUUCCGGUAUACCUUUUGUAGUAUAAAUUUGUGUCGUUGCUAGUACAACGUAGAUCAGAUUUGAAUAUCUCAGUCGAGGUGCGUUUGAUGUAGCUGUGCUUUUCGAAA